AUGGCACCCGGAAGUACCCGCAUUCUUUCGGACGAGGUGAGGGCCCGUGGCUUCGGAAUAGUAGCACUUCAGGAGACGCGCUGGAAAGGAGUGACGGAGCGCCCCUAUCGUAGCGAUUGCAUGAUCUACCAAAGCGGUGGUGAAAAGCAUGAACUCGGUACGGCGUUCCUGGUCAUAGGUGAGAUGCGAAAGCGAGUGAUCGGGUGGUGGCCGAUCAAUGAACGGAUGUGCAGGUUGAGGAUUCGUGGCAGGUUCUUCAACCUGAGCAUCAUAAAUGUGCAUAGUCCGCACCUUGGAAGCACCGAUGACGAUAAAGACAAUUAUUAUACGCAGUUGGAGAGGGAGUACGACCGCUGCCCACAACACGACGUUAAAAUUGUAAUCGGGGAUUUUAAUGCUCAGGUCGGACGGGAGGAGGCAUUUAAACCGACGAUAGGAAGUUUCAGUGCCCACCGGCUGACCAACGACAACGGGCUUCGGCUCGUAAACUUCGCCUCCUCCAAGCACAUGAACAUUCGCAGCACCUUCUUCCAGCACGCACCUCGCUUCAGUUACACCUGGAGAUCACCGCAGCAAACACUUUCCCAGAUCGACCACGUUCUCAUCGAUGGAAGGCACUUCUCGGACAUAAUCGACAAACUGUGCGUGGCCAACAAACUGCGCUAUCAGCCCACCCCAAGGCUCAACACAGACCGGCUGAAACAAGCUGUUGUGGCGAGGGACUUCGCAAUCGCGCUUGGGGAAGCGCUGCCGGAGGACACUACUACCGAGGCGAUGUCUCUCAAUGACCACUGGCGCAUGGUGGAGCAAGCCAUCAGCAGCACGGCCGAGCGAACAAUUGGCCGCGUGACCCAUAACCAGAGGAAGGAAUGGUUUGAUGAUGAGUGCAGGCGAGCACUCUCCGAGAAGAACGCCGCGCGGACCCGCAUGCUCCAGCGCGAGACCCGGCAGAACGUGGAAGACUACAGACGACUGAGAAGGCAGCAGACCCUACUCUUCCAGGACAAGAGGCGCGGCUUCGAAGAGUCGGACGAGCAACUCUUGCAGCAGCUAUCCCAGUCGGGGGAAACUCGUAAGUUCUACAGGAUGCUGAAUGCGGCACGGAGCGGUUUUAAUCCCAUGACCGCUAUAUGCCGCAGUGAGGAGGGAGAUAUCCUGUCGGACGAGCGAGAGGUGAUGGACAGAUGGAAGUGCUACUUCGACAGACACCUGAACGGAGCAGAUACCAGAGCAGACGCAGGAAGCAGAGGAGAGCAACCCUACGACAGCCAGCAUGACAAUGACGAAGUGCCCCCGCCAUCUUUGGACGAAGUCAUCAGCGCCAUCAAACAGCUGAAAUGUAACAAGUCAGCUGGCAGCGAUGGUCUGGUGGCCGAACUGUUCAAGAUGGGUCCGGAGAGGCUUGCCGUCAUCAUGCAUCGGCUGAUUGUUAGGAUUUGGGAUCAGGAAGAACUACCGGACGAGUGGAAACUGGGUGUCAUACACCCAGUGUACAAAAAGGGCGACAGGCUGGACUGUGCUAACUUCCGGGCCAUCACAGUCCUGAAUGCUGCCUACAAGAUCCUGUCCCGAAUACUCUUCUGCAGACUUUCGCCUCUUGCUACAGAUUUCGUCGGCAGCUAUCAAGCUGGAUUUGUUGGAGGCAAAUCAACUACCGACCAAAUCUUUACUCUACGGCAGAUCCUCCAGAAAUGCCGAGAGCACCAGAUCCCUACGCACCACCUGUUCAUCGACUUUAAGGCGGCCUACGAUACCAUAGAUCGGACCGAACUAUGGAACACCAUGCAGCAGCACGGAUUCCCUGGGAAGCUGGUACGACUGUUGCGGGCCACUAUGGACGGGGUGCAGUGCAAGGUGAGUGUUGCGACGAUCGCUUAG